AUUAAAAAAAUUGAAUUUAAUGUUAGAUUAAGCAUAGCAGAUGGACACGAAUUUAUUGUUCUAUUUUAUUUUUUACCGGAAACAAUGAAGAAACAAACGGAAAAACAUGCGCACAAGUAAAAGCAUUUUCGUGUUCGCAGGUUAACAUGAGGUUGUGAGUCCUCGUAUAAAAACGAGAUAUAUUUUUUAUGUACAUAAUUGCGCAGGAUGUAUUUCGCAAUAGAACGACAGCACAAUGUAGAUAAAAUGCGCUUCAUCUUUGACGCGCCCAAUCAAUCGGUAAGCAAGUACAGUUGUGGUAGAGGCAAGGAGAAUAUGAUUAUUUGCCUUAGUCUACUUGUAUCUCGUAGACAUUGUCUAUUUGUUCGUGACAGUGGUGAUUUAUAUAUCACAGAUUUAGGAAGCUCGAAUGGUAUUUAUGUCAAUCGUGUAUUACAAAAUUCUCAUCAGAUGGUCAAAUUGUAUGAAAAUGACAUUAUUGGACUUGGCUGCGCAAAUAUUGAUCCAAAGGAUAAUACAUUUUAUACUUACAAAGUUUGCGUCAUAGAGUCCUCUCUUGAUAAAAAAGUAGAAAUAUUAGUGAAAGAAAUUGGUGCCUUGCCUAGCACAAUUUUAAAUGGUAAUACAUCACCUAGAACACCUACUUCUUCUGCAGAAUGUACUUUAGGAAAAAAACGAUUUAAUUCAGAUAAUAUCAAAGUGCCAAAUAAAAAAUUUAAAAACACAGAUAAAAAUGCACAUAGUCCCAAAGCUACUUUAUCAGAAGAAAUUGUUUCUUGUAUUAACAAAAGUUUAGCCAGUAGUAGUACCACAAAUAAUUCAGUAGAAACUGAAUCUCAUAUUAUGGAUAUGGAGAUAGAAGAUGACAUUGAAAUAAUUCACACAUCUCUUGUACAAGAUAAAAAGAAUCAAAAUAUUAAAGAUCAUAAAUCUGCUACAUAUUUAGAUAACAAUAAAUUAAAUUUCAAUGCGAAAAUGGAUAUCAUUAUUGAUGGGAAUAAUAAAGAAGAAAGCGAUAAUACUAAUAGAACCAUAAACAAAAUAGAUAUCAAAGAAAACAUCUCAAGUAACAUAGAUACAACAAAUGAUGCAUUAAAUCCUUCGAAGAAUUCAAACUUUAUAUGUUCUGAAAAUCAAAUCAUUAUAGUGGAAGAUGAGCAAACAGAAGAUGAUGAAGAGGCAUCUAUAGAUGUUAACAUGACUCGUGACGCAUCAUUAAUAAAGUUAAAAAAAAUAAAAUAUGAACCAAAGACUCGGUUUUCAGAAAUUGAUGUUAUUGAUUUGAGUGAUGAUGAAGAAGAAGUAUUUCCAUGUUCUCAAUUAUUUGACAUCAAAUAUGAAGAAAAUACAGAGAACGAUAGCGAAAUUAAACGACAAUAUAUCAACAAUGAUGAUCAAAACAUUGAGAAAAUUGAUUUAGAUAUAGAUGACGAAGUCAUCUUUUUAACAGACAGUGAAGAUGAAGAUAAUCCAUGGUUGGAACGGUUAUCUAGAAGUCAACUGCUUAACGAAGAUAAAAAAUUUGAUCCCAACAUAAUUGUAAAAAAUGAAAUCGAUUUGGGAAUAUGGCAAGAAAAUGAUGUCCUUAAUAGAAACACAGAUAAUUUUAAGAAAUCAGAAAAUAGUAAUAAUAAUUUACUGAUGACAGAAACAGAACCGAUGGAUAUAAAUGAUGUCGAUUCUUCUAACAAAUCUACUUUGAAAAAUAUUGAUGAUACAAAUAUAAAUAUAGAUGACAAUUCUAAGAAAUCAGAAAAUAAUAAUAAGAAUAAUAAUAAUAAUAAUUUACUGACGACAGAAACAAAAGAGAUGGAUAUAAAUGAUGUUGGUCCUUCUAACAAAUCUAACUUGAAAAAUAUCGAUGAUAUAAAUACAAACAUAGACGAUAAUUCUAAGAAAUCAGAAAAUAAUAAUAACAACAAUAAUAAUAAUAAUUUACUGAUAAUGGAAACAAAAGUGAUGGAUAUAAAUGAUGUUGAACCUUCUAAUAAAUCCACUUUGAAAAUCACUAGUGAUACAAAUAAACGAAAAACUAAUAUAGUGUUAAGUACAGAAUUAGAUAAGCAAAUAGAAGGUAUGAAACAAAAAUCAGUUGUAAGAAAAUCAGUCACAACAUUAAAACGAUUAAUCCCAAUAAUAGAACCACUAAAUUUACCUGCAAGAAGAAAUCGAGUUAAUUGUAAAGAUAAAGCACAAAAAGAUACAGAAAAAUCACCCUCAAAGUUGAGAAAAAAAAAGAAGAUAUUAGAAUUAGAAGGAAAAGUUAAUGAUAAUUUCUAUAUUAAAAAACAAAAACAUCAUGAAAAACCAUCUACAUCGACGGCUGACUGUCAUUCAUCAAAUGAAACAAAAGCUAUUUCUAAAGAUCAAAAGAAAAUGAUAAUCGAAAAGAGAAAAAUAAAAUUGAAAGAAAUUGCUGAAGAAAAAAAGAAACUAUCCAUCAAAAAUGACAAAAAUAUUAAGCGUAGAACUGCUAAAGCAAUAGCUAAAGUAUCAUUGAAAAAUCGAGGCGAUUUUCUCAUCAAUGAGCAAGAGCCGUCAACAUCUAAAUCAUUUGUGGAGAAGUCUGUGAACUUACCAAAAUCGAAUAAUCAGGGUAAAGAACGAUUAACUGAUAUAGCUAAUAUGUUGAAGACAUCCUCAAUUUCUAAAACACAAAAAUCUUAUCAGAAAAAUGUUUCUAAAAAUACAGUAAAUGAUAUUGCUACAUCAUUAAAACAGUCUUUACAAUUGAAUAAUACGAAUGCUAUUCAAGUAUCUAAGAAUAGCAAAAAGGAUUCCAAAGUGAUAGACAGUAAAAAAAGUAAAGAAAAAAAAGGCAGCAGUAACAAGAAGAUAAGAAAAAGUAACGAAAGUGUAAAGAUAUCUGAACGAGAUAGAUUAACUGAACAUGAUCCUACUGUGCAAAAAGAAAAUUUAUCAUCCAACAUUGUAAAAUCGAAUUUUAAAUCGAAAAAAAAGAAGAAAGUGACUUUUCUUGAGAAAUCAGAAAUAAGAGAAUAUGAAAUUGAUCAGUGUAAUUCUUUAAAAAAAUUAGUGGGGAAAGACGCACCUAUACCUCCGAAUAAAUUAAGAACUCCUCCGACCAGUGCAGAAUGGAGUCCAAAAUUGGAAGAAUUUUUAUUUUAUAUUUUCAAGUGGAAUCCAGUGUGGCUCGAGGAACAGCGAUAUUUGAAGGGUGACCCACCGAUUGUACCCCAAAGCGAACUUCAAACUAUGAAAUUAAGCUAUGAUUCCUAUAAACAGUAUUAUAAGAUUGUGAUGCCUCUUUUAUUACUUGAGAUAUGGUGCGCAAUGACCAAAGAGUUUGAAAUGAUUGAGAAGAAUAAACAACGUGCCACCAUGAUGUGCUCCGUAGUCGAGAAUCCUACAUGUACUCCAAUACCAUCGACCAAUUUGUUCCUGACAACUCUGAAACUUGAAGUUUUAGUUAAGAAAGAAGAUCUUAACAAAGUGCAUCCUAUUUAUGGGGAUUUAGUGUGCAUCGAAUAUAUCACGAAUACUUAUAAAAAACAAAAUGUUAAUAGGAUAUUUGCAUAUGUCACUAAUAUGCAACAAAUGAUUAUCACAAAUUUCACACUUUAUAAUCAGGAGCUAAUAAAGUAUGUCAAAAAUCCAUAUGCAAUAUUAACAUAUACUUUGUUGACGCGACCUCUCCAGCACGAUUUUCCUGUAAAUAGAGUGCAAAGAAUCCGAACGGUUAUGUAUCUACGAGCGAAUAUUAGAAUGGUACAAGCAUUGCAAUAUCUUCCUCAAUCUCCUAUUUCAAAUUUAAUUUUAAACCCGAAAAUUGAGGAAUAUCAAUUACCACCAAUGGACGAACAAUUUACAUGUUCCUCACUGGUCACAAGAGACAAUUUGAAUCCGAAACAGAUGGAGGCUGUAUACAAAGUAACAAAAACCGUACUAAAAAAAGAGAAUAAAUUAUGUUUUAUUCAAGGACCCCCAGGAACCGGCAAAUCUAAAGUAAUUGUAAAUCUGGUGAGCCAAAUACUAUAUAGUGAGCAUACAAACCGGAAAACCUUAAGGAUCCUAAUUUGUGCGCCGUCUAAUGCCGCCAUCGACGAAAUUGUAUUAAGACUUUUGAACGUCAGGUCUAAACUAAAAAAGAAUCGUUUCAAUAUGGUACGUAUUGGCCGAAUGGAAUCUAUGCAUCUAAUGGCUAAGCCCAUUUCUGUGACGGAAUUGGGGAAACGACACUUGACGAAAAUAUCGCAGGAAGCAGUUUAUUCUGAUAAUACCGAGGAAUUAGCGAUAUUGGAAGCAAAGAUUAAUUCGCUUAAAGCUGAGCUCUCGAGUUUGCAACAAAAAGACGAAGACAAAAAGAAAGAAAUAAGAAGAAGACUAAUGGAAACGUUAAUGAGAUAUGAAUUAGUGAAAUGUGGUAAACCGAUUAAUGAGUUCAGUUCAAAAGAUCGCACUAAAUAUCAGCGUAUGGCGGAAAAUAUAAUUCUUACAGGCGCCGAUAUAAUUGCUUGUACACUUUCGUCCUGUUACACCAAUCAAAUGGAAUCUAUUUUCGGAGGAUACAAGGAAAGAAUAUCCGUCUGCAUUGUUGACGAAGCAACACAGAGCUGCGAAGCGGAGACUUUGAUACCAUUGAUGUUGGGAGUGAAAACGUUGGUUUUGGUGGGUGAUCCAAAUCAGUUGCCCGCGACUGUCUUAAGCCAGCGAGCAAAGAAGUUGAAAUUAGAUCAGUCGGUAUUUUCGAGAAUACAGAACGUUUUCACAUCACAACAAAAUAAUCCUAUAAUAAUGUUAAACAUGCAAUAUCGUAUGGAUUAUGCCAUCUCGUAUUGGCCAAAUAAAUAUUUCUAUGAUGGAAAAUUGAAAAAUAGUAUUGAUUUUAGAAUGAAAUUCCCGUUUCAUUCUUACAGAAUAUUGGAUCAUAAUUUUAAGCAAAACGAGGAUAAAUUUUCCAACACUAUAGAAGCAGAAUUUAUUGCCAAAACAAUUCUUGCUAUGUUAACAUUUACAAAUUGGGAGAAUGUGAAUCCUAUUUCUCUUGGAGUUCUCACGCCAUAUAAUAAUCAAAGGACUCUUGUAUUGAAUAAAAUAAAUGAAAAGAUAUCUUCUAUUCCGGAUAAUUUGAGAAACAAAAUUAGUUUUGAAGUUAAUACAGUUGACAGUUUUCAAGGCCAAGAAAGAGAUAUUAUAAUAAUGUCCUGUGUGAGAAGUCAUGGUAUUGGAUUUUUAUCAGACAGGCAAAGACUCUGUGUAGCACUCACGAGAGCUAAAUACAGUCUGAUAUUAUGUGGAAAUUUUAAUACCUUCCUAAAGGAUAAAAUGUGGAAUGCAUUAUUAUCUGAUGCAAAAAGUCGCGGAGUUUUAUGUCGUGUCGAUGCUCAUGCAGCACCUGUUUUCAUCAGGCAAUUUAUUAUUAAAUAGGAAGAUUGUAAUAAAGUUUUUCAGUAUACUUAAAAUAUUAUUAUGUAAGACAUUUUGUAUGUUUGUAUACAUCUUGUGAAUA